GUGAUGAAAAUCUCACGCAAAAUACGCCUUGUUUAUUAUUUCUGUUUUCACGAUGGCUGUAGCCAUAUUUUUUCUUGUGUUUGGAAUAGUGCAGGCUCAAACAAACAAAGAUGUUCUAGAUCUCUAUCGAUACAAAUAUCAAGGAAAUGGAAUGUUUUAUGAAGCUACCCACGGAGGGACGUGUAGCUACGAUCCUCCAAGCAUGCCUCCCGUUGCUCAGAACAUCGAUAGGACGAUAGCCAUCAAUGCUGGUCAGUUUUACAGAGGCUAUGGCUGUGGCGUCUGCUACAGGGUUAACAUGUCGGGUAAAUAUAAUGGAGGCUUGCCGAUCGAUGGAACAUUUACAGUUUUUGUAAAGGAUUUUUGUCCAAACUGUAUGCCUGGUAGGACAUUUUAA